UGAAACGACGGAUCAUGUUGUCUUCAAAGAAGAUGGUUGUACAUGCAUUCUGGUAUCUUAAAGGUUGCAACGAUUCACUAGCUAAGCUAAAUGCUAAAGUGAAACGGAUGAAUAGAAAGAUUCAAAUAAUUUUUCCCAAAAAGGAAAAAAUGAUCAUUGCGAUGGAAAAAGGUGUUAAGCCUGUUGAAUGCUUUUCACUUGGCCCUCCUUUGAGCACAUGCCAAUAUUGUGCAGCUGUUAUGUGGAAAGAGGAAAGUACAUCUCGAUCUCGAAAGUCAGGGUCUUCAAAAUUU